AUGAGUCAAGAAGACAUCAACGACACAUUCCAUUUCUACGAUACAAUCGGAGAUGGAAAAAUCGCAGCUUCUCAACUUCCAAAUGCUCUUCGAGCACUUAUGCUAAAUCCAACUGAAGAAUCGAUCAAUAAAAUGACGAAACAAUGGGAGAAAAAACCGGAUACACGGAUUUCGAUUCAAGAAUUUAUGCCGAUUUUUCAGGUAUACUCAUGUUUGCGCUCAAAAUGCUCCAAAUUUCCCCCGGAAAAUGAAAUUUCCACUUUCUAUGUGGAAUUCGGAGCAUUUUGAGCCAAAAAACUGAACUUUUCAGGCAAUGUCGAAGGAAUGUGGAAGAUCCACUUCUUUGCAAGAAUUCCAAACACUUUUGUCGCAUUUUGAUCGAGAGGGAAAUGGUUUUAUUACGUUGGCCGAGUUGAGAGGAAUGUUGAGCAAUACUGGUGAGUUUGGGCUCAGAAUGCUCCAAAUUCUUAGCUGAAAAUGGGAUUUCUGAAUUCCACGUGGAAUUUGGAGCAUUUUGAGUCCAAACUUGAUUAUUUUAAUUUUAAAUUUGAAGAGCUAUAAAGAGCCCAAACAAGAUUUCAGAAAUUUUCAGAUUUUGGCUGAAAAUCGAGCCCAAAUAUACUCGUGUUUGAGCUCAAAAUGCUCCAAAUUUCGAGCUACAAAUCAGAUUUCCAGGCGAAAAGCUGACAAGCCGUGAAGUCGAUUCUCUCCUUUUCGGCGUCGAAGAGAUCGACGGAAAGAUCAAAAUCGAUGAUUUUCUUCAAAAACACAUGCAAAUUAAGUAA